UAUCUUUGUGUGAUCAUAUUGCAGAACGGUGAGAGUUUCCGCUCCUCUGGACGUCGUUCCCAUGUUCGUUCGCGCGGGAACGAUGGUGCCUCUUCUCGAUCCCAGAGUUAUGACCCUCAGCGAUGCCGCAGAUCCAAAGGUCAUCACCAUGAAGCGACUUCAGCACCUACUGCAUCUGUGGAUCUGGCCCACCGAGGACGGCUUCGCUCAGCUCGAGUUCCAUGACAGGUCCUGGUGGUCCAUGUAUCAUGUCAUCUACGCAAAGCACUGGAUGAUCGCUUUUAACGACAUGACGCCAAACAGAACUAACAUUCUACAGGUUUCAGCACCGUGGACAGAAACGGUUUCCACAGUAACGACCCCCACGGGUCACGUAUAUCCCAAAGCAGCGUCUCUGGACAGGCUCCUCUCAGACGACGCGUCAGAAGGCUGGAUAGUAGACCAUACACAGCGCACACUGUGGAAUUUUAUCGGAGUACCGGAGUUGUGGCGAACAGUUAAACUAGCGCGGCCACUGUGA